AUGGCAUCGCAGGACCUGUUUAACGUUCCCAUUUUCUUUAUCAUUUUUCGCGAGACCACUGAGGCGGCCAUCAUUGUAUCGGUGCUGCUGUCGUUUCUCGUCAAGGUGUUUGAAAAGGGAUCACCUGUUUACAAACGCCUGAGAAACCAGGUGUGGAUCGGCGGCGCUGUAGCUUUGUUGGUUUGUCUUUGCAUUGGUGCAGCCUUCAUUGCUGUAUGGUACACAGUCCUCAGCGACAUUUGGGGCAACUCUGAAGCUAUUUGGGAGGGCGUCUUUUCACUCAUAGCAACAAUCAUGAUCACCAUGAUGGGUCUCGCUAUGCUGAAAACAGAACGCAUGCAAGAAAAAUGGAAAAUCAAAUUGGCCAAAGCCAUGGAAGCAGGUGGUGGUGUCUCUGCUAAUGGCAAGAAGCGAUCGGUAUGGAAAGUGCGUAUGCAACGAUAUUCAUUCUUCUUGCUUCCCUUCUUUACGGUGCUACGUGAAGGUCUCGAAGCUGUUGUUUUUAUUGGCGGUGUAUCAUUAAAUGUACAAGCCAAAUCAAUUCCUAUUGCAGCCAUAAUGGGUAUACUUUGUGGUGUAUUAGUGGGUGUCAUCAUAUACCGUGGUGGAAGCAUGUUGCACCUACGAUGGUUUUUCAUCUUCUCGACGAUCAUUUUAUACCUGGUUGCUGCAGGUCUUAUGUCAAAAGCUGUUGGAUUCUUUGAGCAAUACGCCUGGAAUCAAAUCAUUGGUGGUGAAGCAGCUGAAGAAGGAGGCGAUGUAAUCCCAUACAAGGUCACCACAGCUGUAUGGCAUGUGUCUUGGGGCAACCCAGAGUUGAAUACUGAUACAAACGGCGGCUGGCAAAUUUUCAACGCCAUCCUCGGCUGGAACAACACUGCCACGAUUGGUACAAUCAUCAGCUACUGCCUCUAUUGGGUUCUUGUUGCAGCAUGCCUUGUCUACAUGUAUUACAACGAAAGACGAAGCGCCAUUAUGAAGGCCGAACAAGGAAAUUUGGAUGACAUUCAAGGCGACGAGGCCUUGGAACAAGCGAAGCAAUAUGUUGAUCACGAUCAUGGCGUUAUUGUGGGCAACAAAGACGUGGGAGAUCCCGAGGACAUUGAUGAGGAGCAGGCUGUAGCGGAUGCUAUCACCGAACAAAAGAAGUAG